AUGGGAGGAAUGUCAAAAUCAAUCAUGAGUGGUUUUGGAGAGAAAAAACAGUUCAAGAAGCCUGCGCAGGCUAGCUCUAGGAAAGGGUGCAUGAGAGGCAAAGGAGGACCAGAGAACGCUCUCUGCACUUACAAGGGUGUACGCCAGAGAACUUGGGGCAAAUGGGUGGCCGAAAUUCGGGAGCCCAACCGUGGUGCUCGUCUCUGGCUUGGCACCUAUGACACCUCCCAUGAAGCUGCCAUGGCUUACGAUGCUGCUGCUCGUAAACUAUAUGGCCCUGAGGCAAAGCUCAACUUACCUGACUUACAAGUUAAUAGUAGCCAGUUUCCAGCCUCUCCUGCCAAUUCUCAGGUGAUCCAAAUGACAAACCAACCCUCUCAUCUCAUUCAAAAUUCUAGUCCUACAUCUACAUAUUCAUCAAAUAUCCCAAAUAUGGAGUCAAAUGAAGCGAAACCAAUAUUAUACAACCAUAAUCCAAUCAUGUCUUUCUCUAAUGAAAGCGUUGAUUCGAAUGGAAUGGAGGUAGAAAAUGACGCAAAUUUUGGGCGAAGUGGAGACGUAAUCAAAGAAUUCUGGGCGAAUCUCAACGUGAACAUGACUUUCAAUGACUCAAUUUGGGCAGAGGCGGCAUUGUCGAUAAAUUUUCCAGUGAUGGAUGAUCCCGGAAUUUUUGCUAGCAAUCUCAUGGAAGGAUCUGGUGGGGACACAAUGCAGACUCCGUGGUGCAUGUAAAUUGAACCACGAUGUUCUUCUGGGUCAAAGGAGGCUAGAGAGAGAAAAAACAGAAUCCUUGUAUACAUGUUUAGUAUAUAGUCUAGUUAUAGAGCACUGAAGCCACAUGGGUUUU